AUGUCGACUCCCUCGCUCGCGCCCUUCAUCAACAAGCGUCCCUGGCUCAAGCGCUGGAUGCAGCCGCUGUCCAAGUGGUACCUCGACAACUCGGGAUACAGAAAGCUGGGAUUGAGGUACGAUCCCGAGUGGGAGAACGAGGAGGCAGACGAGAAGAUAUACGAGUCGUGGAGGCCCGUGAGAACAAAUGGCUGAUGCGCCUUUUCUACAGGGCCGAUGACCUGAUCCCGGAGGAGAGCCCAGAGGUCCAGCUCGCCUUGAAGCGUCUGUCGCCAAAGGAGGCCUACGACCGCGUAUUCCGCAUGAGACGAGCAUUCCAGGUAUCUCUCGAAGGCUGCAUGAUGAAUGAAAGCAGGACGGAUGCUGAUGCAAGAUAGUGCUCACUCGCACAUCAACUGCUCCCAAGACACGAGUGGACCACCGACGAACAGGUACGUUUUACAUGUCCGAAAACAAAUGUGAAGGACUCUAGGAUCCAUGUCGCGACGUGAUCCCCAAUUCAUCGUGUUGGCUGAUUCUUGGUCCAGGACUACCCAUACCUGUCACCAAUCAUAAAAGAGAUCGAGACCUCGAAGAAGGAGCGGGAAGAUCUCGACACAAUCCAGAUCCGGAAGCACGCAGCGAAAGGAACUUGA